AUGUCACUACUUUUUCUUCAGCUGUUAGUGCUCUCACAUCUUAGAGCCACAGAGACAGAGGGAGAUCCACAGCAAAAGAAAAGUAGAAGGCCAUUUCAGCACCUUUUCUACCCUGGCAAAAAUCUGCUUGCAAGUGAGGGUUUUCGUCAGCUGGUGGCGAAAAAUCCAAUAGGUGUUGAAGAAACCCUAGGAGAAACAAGCCUAUUUGUAGCAAUUCCACAGACGGCAAUGGACAGUGUGAGGCAAGGACAGAAAAAAACUUCCAGAUUCACCCUUCCCCACACAGAACUUUAUGCAGACCGAGAUCUGGGAACCUGGACAGCACCCAGAGAGACCUCUCCUGUGGAAAACUUCUCUCUAUCCCACGCUUCCAGCAAGAGAGAAGCUGAACCUCUCUAUAGAAAAGAUGCCAAGAAAUUCUGGGACCACUUCAUGCAAAAAAAAAAUUCAGCUUCUGAAGAGGUUGUCCUGCCAAUCAAGACCAAUGAAAUGCACCAAGAAACCUGCAGAACCCUGCCUUUUUCCCAGGGUGUUGCUCACGAGAGCUGUGAGAAGGUGAUGGUGCAGAAUAAUCUUUGUUUUGGAAAGUGUAGUUCCUUCCAUGUCCCUGGUCCAGAUGAUCAUCUUCAUACCUUUAGUUCACAUUGCUUGCCCACCAAGUUCUCCAUGAAGCGCUUGGAGCUCAACUGCACCAGUUCUGUCCCAGUGGUCAAAGAAGUCAUGAUUGUGGAAGAAUGUGAAUGUGUGAUUCAGAAGAUUAAAGAUCCUGCAAUAAGAUCACUACAGUCAGACUUGCAUGCAAAUGUGUAUGAGCACAACUAACCUCCUAAAAUGCAUCUCUAGACUCCUUCCUUGAUCAUAAGCAUUUGCAAUGAGAAAACAACUUUUUCAUCACAGUUUCACCAACAGAUUAAAGACACAGAUUGUCUACUUAAACUGCUUUCCUGCUUUGAUCAUAACUUUACCUGAAACGCAUCACAUUUCUUUAUAGUUGUUAAAGAAAUAGAGAUGAAAGUACUGGGCUUAUGUAGUCCUUACUUAAACUAGGGAAAUCUUUAAAAAAUGUUUCACCCUUCCCUUCCCUGUUUCCAGGCUGCUAGUAAAGAACAGCCAAAGAACUAGUCUGUGCAAAAACCUAGUGUUUUACCUUUAGGUGUUUUACAUGCAUGCAGGCGCUGCCCAUAUAGUUUUGCUGAGAAAAACAGACGGAGCUUUAGUCUCCUCAUCGGAAAAAGAGGUCUAUUUUUACAUCAAGGUAAUAACUGGGCAAUGCAAAAUAUAAAUGGACAUGAGGCAGAGAUAGAGCUGUGACUGGUUAAGUUUAUUCUGAUUGCUCCGAGCUGGAGUUCAGUUACCAGUAAAAACUAACAUAAUUCACAUAUUACACAUGUACAUUGUGGCUGCAAAUUAUAUUUUG